AAGGUGCAUAUUGGGCCCAAUAUGUUAAAAUAGAAGAUUAUCACAAGAAAAAAACAAAGACACAAAGUGAAUAUGAUACUAUUAAGGAUAUGUUUAAGAAUUCUAAAGACUUCUCUGCUAUUAGAUUGGCUAGUAGUGUUGAUAAUCUAAAACUUUGGGAUAUGUUUGUCACAUGGAUUGUCAAUUAA